AUGAUAUGGACUCGUUCCGAGGUGCAGUAUGGUAUUUUACAAAGGAUGUGUAUAUAUGCUAUUAAGCAUGGACCGAUUCCAAAGCAUAUCGCCUUUAUUAUGGAUGGUAAUCGACGAUUUGCUGACGAAAAAAUGAUGAGAAAGUCUGAUGGUCACUUGUAUGGCUUUUCAAAAUUAUCCGAGGCUCUACAGUGGUGUCGUGAUGUAGGCAUCGAAGAAGUAUCAAUUUUUACGUUUAGUAUAGACAAUUUCAAUCGAUCGCCUGAAGAAGUAUCAUUUUUAAUGAAUUUAGCUGAAGAAAAGCUUCAGGAGUUGCUAGAUAACAAAGAUGAUUUAAAAGCGGAUGAUAUUUGUAUUCGUGUUAUUGGCAAUUUGGCAUUGCUUCCAGUGAAGAUUCAACAGUUAGCUGCACAACUAAUGCUUGAAACUAGAAACCACUCAAGAUCAAUCCUCAACAUAUGUAUGGCAUAUAACAGUCGACACGAUAUUACACAUGCAAUGGAGACUUUACGCUUAGGUGUGAAAGAAGGAAAAAUUAUUCCUAGUGAUAUCACGCCUAAACUCUUAUCAAAAUGUCUUUAUACACGUCUUUCUAAACCAUUGGACUUGAUUAUUCGUACUUCUGGUGAAAUUCGACUGAGUGAUUUUUUAACUUGGCAAGCCUCAGAAAACAGUGCAAUCUAUAAAUUUAUCAACAGUUAUUGGCCUGAAUUUACAUGGUGGGAUUUUCUACUGUCUAUUCUACACUACCAGUUAUCAUGCUUACAGUUAAUGCCGUUACUCACAGCUAAAAGAACAAAACUUCUGUUGGCUAACGACAGUAAUCAUGAAGACGACAGUGAUACUGUAAAAGUGAAUAGUUUACAAGAAAGUGACGCUGGUGAUCAACGAGUCAAUUCAUUUCUUAACUUUCUGGAUAAAACAUUUUGGCAGAAUAUGAAAAUGUUGGCUGCUUAGUCUUACGCUGUAAAAGAUACGGUGUGUACACUCUCACCUAUGUGUAUUUUUAUGCAUGUGUGAAUCAUAACCUGUGAUUAGACUGAUUAAUCAUGAAUGUAUGCGUGAUGUUAUUUUCAUUAUAAUUUAUCCGAUGAUAUCUUAUUCUAA